AUGCGUCUGUACGGCCUUAUUUUGUUGGGGGCUGCCGUCCUACUUGCUAAAGUCAGCGCAAACUCAGAUGCUCAAGCCGCAACAAGCUUCGCUACUGCUGAGCACAGCGUCUCCACCAACAGGUUUUUAAGAGUCAGCGAAAUUUCCGAAGUGGGCAACGAAGAGAGGGUGAUUAGCACGAAAAUUAUCCCCGGGGCUGAUUUGGUCUCCAACUUUGUGCUUAAACAAUGGCUCGCGGUGUUGCUGAAGACAAAUACGAACACGGAUAAUGUGUAUGCAAUGUUAAAACUGAACGCGGCAGACGACAAUAUUUUCCAGAAUUCCAGAUUCCUAGCCUGGGCCACGUACGUGGAGAAGUACAACGCUCAACACCCUGGUCAGCCUUCGUCGAUGCUCCCGAAGUUGACGAAAAAAUACGGAAAUGAACGCUUAGGUACGAUCCUCGAUGCGGCAAAGCAUGUCGAGAGCACCAAAAAUUUGGCCACAAACUUGCAAACUGAGCAAAUGAAGGUCUGGAAGGGCGCGAAACUCAGCACAGAUGAUCUCUUCAGCAUGUACAAGCUCCAAGGUGGGGCGCCGGACCUACUAGCCAGUCCUGGAUUGCAAGAGUUCAAUCCUGGGCCGAAAACGACGUUGUUCGAGAAACUCCACGCGAGCUACUCAGAUUUCGCACUGUCUCAGCUACUGAUAGCAGCGAAGAAUGCCCCGACAACGGAGAAGUUGGCUACAAGUCUGCAAAAGGAACAACUUCAGGUGUGGUUGAAAAGUGGGAAAUCCCCGCAAGCUGUCUUCAAGGCCUUGGCACUCGACAACGAAGCGGAUAAUCUGUUUGCAAGUCCACAAUUCAAGAUAUGGCUGGAUUAUUCGCUUGAUUUCAAGAAAGCGAACCCUCGUGCAAAUACGGUGCCCGUUAUUGAUACGCUUACGGCUCACUACCGGGACGGCAAUUUGUUACGAAUUAUCAAAGAAGCAAAGGAGGUCUCGGCCACAAGAGGCUGGGCCACGUACUACGAACGGGCUUUGGUUGCGAAAUGGUUGAAAAACGAGAAAACUCCGGCUUCCAUCUCGCGCUUACUUGGCAGACAAGUAACCCCCGACGACGCCUUCACCUUGCUCAAGGUUGAUAUGGGAACGGAUAACAUUUUUGCAAGGCGAGAAUUUAAUGCCUGGGUCUCGUACACCAACGUGUUCAGGAGAGAGAACCCGGACAUAGCGUCGAAGCCAGUUAUCGAAACACUCCUGGCUCAUUACGGCGACCGAGCGUUGUCACGAAUGAUCGAAAUAGCUAAGAAGACCUCAACCACGAAGGUCAGUGCUGCGUACUUCGAGAAAGCUCUGUUCUCUAAGUGGGUGGAAGACGGGAAAACCUCAGCAUACAUCUCGAAAAUAUUGGACAGAAGUGUAACUCCAGAUGAUGCCUUCACGUUGCUCGCGCUCGAUAAGGCAGGGGGUAACAUUUUGUCGCGGCAAGAGUACAGUACGUGGCUCACGUACGCAAACAUGUACAAGAGAGAGAAUCCGAACAUACCGACCAAAUCAGUUAUCACACUGUCACAAGUGAUCAAAAACGUAAAGAAAACCGCGGUUACGAAGACCAAGCCCACGUACUACGAAAACGCUCUACUGGAUAAAUGGGCAGCAAGCGGAAAAGCACCGGCCUAUGUCGUGAACAUGCUAGGAACAUCGAAAGCCGACCAGAAGAGGUUGAUGAGCAAAUAUCUUGAGAAGAUCAAAUCCACAGCUUCUGAUUAAUACAAGUACUAUUUUGGAACAAGGAUGGCGAGGUCAAAGCCACACAAGCCUCUUCGGAGUUGAUCACAGAAUAUUGCACAAACGAUCGCUUGUUAUUGCAUCUCCGAAUUUAGCUUCUUAUGCCGAUCGUUUGCUCCACAAUACAACUAGAAUAAGCAAUAGACGAGUACCCAAUUAUGCC